GCUGUUUCAUUAAUGAAACAAAGUUUCACCGAAACAAUAUUUCACAAUGGGGCCGCCAAAAAAAUCAAAAAAGGACCGUGGUGCGAGCGACAAAUUUGCUAAGAAGCGUCGCGCGGAGGAUGAGGCGUUCACCCAGCUGGUGGAAGACAAUGACAGCAUGGACAACGCCAGUGAGUCGGACGGGGUGCCCGGCGCCGCGUCAAAGAACGCCGAAACCAAUGAUGAGAACAUCAACACAGACGAAUACGGUGCAAAAGAUUAUCGCAGUCAGAUGCAACUGCGCCCAGAUCACGCCAAUCGCCCAUUGUGGGUGGCACCCAAUGGGCACGUGUUUCUUGAGUCCUUUUCACCGGUCUACAAGCAUGCCCAUGACUUUCUCAUUGCCAUCUCGGAGCCAGUCUGCCGGCCGGAACACAUUCACGAAUACAAACUGACGGCCUAUAGCUUGUAUGCAGCUGUGUCUGUAGGACUGCAAACACACGACAUUGUGGAGUAUCUGAAGCGCUUGAGCAAGACCACCAUUCCAGAAGGCAUAUUGGAAUUCAUACGCCUUUGUACGCUAUCGUACGGCAAAGUGAAGCUCGUGCUGAAGCAUAACAAAUAUUUCAUUGAGUCCCCACAUCCAGAGGUGCUGCAGAAAUUGCUUAAGGACCCGGUCAUUCAAAAGUGCCGGCUCAUACGCAGCGAGGGCGAGGGCUUUAUACAAGGCACCAUGGAUGGUAAAGCUAUUACACAGUUUGGCACCAAGUUACCGGCGGGUACUGAUAAGCCAGGGGAAGAUUCGGCUAGCACCUCAGCAGCAGCAACGGCGGGCGCCGCACCCGCAGAGGGUGCCGCUGCAACUGUUACAGUACCCGAGGACAUUACUGACUUCUACGAGAAGAUUGACAAGGAAGAGGAGGAUGAAGACGAAGCUAAUCUGAAAACGGUAUCAUUUGAGGUAUCACAAGAAAAAAUUGAGCUAAUACAAAAACGCUGCAUUGAAAUCGAGCAUCCGCUGCUGGCAGAGUAUGAUUUUCGCAAUGAUACCAACAAUCCAGAUAUCAAUAUUGAUCUGAAGCCAGCAGCCGUUCUGCGUCCAUACCAGGAAAAGAGCCUGCGCAAAAUGUUUGGCAAUGGGCGAGCACGCUCGGGCGUAAUUGUACUGCCGUGCGGCGCAGGUAAAUCUUUGGUAGGUGUCACCGCUUGUUGUACAGUGCGUAAGCGGGCAUUGGUGCUGUGCAACAGUGGCGUGUCAGUGGAACAGUGGAAACAGCAGUUUAAGAUGUGGUCCACGGCAGAUGACAGCAUGAUUUGCCGGUUUACAUCGGAGGCUAAGGAUAAACCCAUGGGCUGUGGCAUAUUAGUUACCACAUACUCAAUGAUUACACACACACAGAAGCGUUCAUGGGAGGCGGAACAAACGAUGCGCUGGCUGCAGGAGCAGGAAUGGGGCAUCAUGGUGUUGGACGAGGUACACACCAUUCCCGCAAAGAUGUUCCGCCGUGUUCUCACCAUUGUGCAGUCCCACUGCAAGCUUGGCUUAACGGCUACGCUGCUGCGUGAGGACGACAAAAUUGCGGACCUUAAUUUUUUAAUUGGUCCCAAGCUGUACGAGGCAAACUGGCUAGAGCUCCAAAAGAAGGGCUACAUAGCACGCGUGCAGUGUGCCGAGGUAUGGUGUCCCAUGUCACCGGAGUUCUAUCGUGAAUAUCUAACCACCAAGACGUCUAAGAAAAUGCUGCUCUAUGUGAUGAACCCCUCAAAGUUUCGCAGCUGCCAAUUUCUAAUAAAAUACCAUGAAAAACGUGGCGACAAGACUAUUGUCUUCUCUGACAAUGUGUUUGCCUUGAAACACUAUGCCAUCAAGAUGAACAAGCCGUUCAUCUAUGGACCCACAUCCCAGAAUGAACGUAUACAAAUCCUACAGAAUUUCAAGUUUAAUGCCAAGGUCAACACCAUAUUUGUGUCCAAAGUGGCCGAUACCAGUUUUGAUCUGCCCGAGGCGAAUGUGCUCAUUCAAAUUUCGUCGCAUGGCGGCUCACGUCGCCAAGAGGCACAGCGCUUGGGUCGCAUUCUACGCGCCAAAAAGGGUGCCAUUGCCGAGGAAUACAAUGCAUUCUUUUACACGCUCGUUUCCCAGGAUACAAUGGAGAUGAGCUAUUCUCGCAAGCGUCAGCGUUUCCUUGUGAAUCAGGGCUAUAGCUACAAGGUUAUAACACAUCUUAAAGGCAUGGACACCGAAACUGACCUAAUGUACGGAACACAGGAAGAGCAGGGCCAGCUCUUGCAGCUGGUGUUAUCUGCCUCCGAUUUAGACUGCGAAGAUGAAAAAGUGCCAGGCGAACCGGGCUAUCGUCCCAGCGGUGCUGGUGGCACGACAAGACGUAUGGGCGGCCUCAGCUCAAUGUCAGGUGGUGAUGAUGCCAUCUACUACGAGCAUCGGCGCAAGAACGUCGGCAGCGUGCAUCCUUUGUUUAAGAAAUUCAGAGGAUAAUUGACUGUUUACAGCUUAAUAAAAGUGUUUCAUUUUAA